GUUUCAGCAGUGAGCUCAUCAUUUUCUAAUGUAGCAGCAGGGGAGACAGCAAAGCAUGACAGAAAGCAGAGAGAAUGAGAGAAGGAGGAGUCUGAACACUCGUUACGUCAUUUGUUAGUGUUAGGAACAGAUUUAUUGUCCUCUGGAGAAUCUCUGCCUGGUUGUGUGUAUAUGCGAGCUGGACGUACAGGAGGAAAAUAGCAACGGCUGACACAGGAGAGGAACAUUUCAUAUCAGGAUAUUUUCACCUUCUCAAACAUCAUGUCUCAGCCAGGUCAGGAAGAGGAUGAACAAAUGCAGCGUCCUGAAGUGAGCGAUCAGGAUCUGACUGAGGCAAAGGGCAAACUGGGCGGUGGUGGGCCAGCAAAGAGCAAGACGUUUGAAGUAAUGGAGGAGUGCGCCAAAGUGGGUAAAGCUGCUCCCUCUGUGUUCAGUGGCGCGAGGUCCGGAGCAGAGACGGCUUUCAACACACGCUCAGCUCGACCAGUCAGAAAGUAGCUGAGGGACUUUCUGACCAUGAGAUGACAACACCUGUUCCAUGUUAGGGGGGUUUGGUAUGAGUUGAUUUACAGCUGUAUUUAGUGGCCUGGUUUUGUUCAUCUUUGUCCUGCUUGUGUUUUGGCACUUAACUGGUUUCUCCAGGUUUCAACAAGUUAACUUUAAGACUUUUAAAGACUUUUUAAAACCAUAAUGAAUUAAAUUUAAGAUUUGUGUCGUGUGUGACAGAUAUGAAGGAAUACCCCUGAAUAAUUUACAUUUUGCUGUUAUUGAAGAUUAGGUGAAGUAGCACAAUACUCAGAUGAAUUCACACUCCACAUUGAUCUUGUUAAUAUUUUGUGUAAGUUUCUCAAAACUUAUUCCCACAACCAACUGCUAAAGAAAACGAGAGGUUAGAAAAACAAAGGUCUUGUUUGUAGUUUCAUUAGUUUGCUCGUAUCUGUCACGUUGAAAAAGAACUACAACACACAGACAAUACAAAUGCCGCUACAGCAAAACUCAUUUCGAAGCACGACAGAAGUAGCGUUAAAUGAACGUUAACAUAAUCAAGACCUAUCUAAAUGUAUUUCAUAACUCAAACAUAAUUUCAACAUAUUUAAGACUUUAAGGGCUGAAAUUCAAUGGAUUUUAGACUUUUUAAGACCCUGAGCAAACCCUGACUUAAACUGUUUUGUUGUAGCAUGUUCAACUAAUUUCUAUAAAAAUAUAAUUUGUUUUUUAUUUAUUAUUUUUUGUGGUUUCUCCUUUUUGUUUUUCACCUAGUGUAUGAGAGCACAGGAUAAUAAGCCACCUCCCAUGUGCUAUAUUGUUAUUGAUCCGUAUGAACAUUCAUUAAUAAAAACAAAAUAAAAAAGGUAUCAAUCAAAGUAAA